ACUGUUUUCAUAUGCCAAUCAAGGCCCAACUGAAAAAAAUGUAUUUAAUACAAACUAAGAAACGUACAACAAAACCCUUCCUCAAGCAAGGUCAAUUGAAUCCAGACAAAAGAAGAGAAAAAAACAUUUGUAAUAAUAGUUUCUUGCUUAGCUGAACUAACCCACAUAUAGUAGACGUGUAGAGCUUGUAUAUGUGAUUAUUAGGUAAGGGAAGGUGAGACUGCAACCCAAAUCACCUCCUAUCCUAUGAGCAACAAAGAGAGUCCCUUAGACAAAGCCCUAAAAAUGAAGAUUCUAAGGCUAUUAAUAUGUUAUCCAAGGCUUUCUUGUAAAGCUUCUCAAUUCAUACUUUUGAGGAAGAAGAACAUCAAUCAAUAUUAAUGGCAGACCACCAAAGGAUCCAUCCUUCUGUGGAUGUGGAAGCACCACCAACAGCACCUCCAGUGGCGCCUCAUCCUCCAUCAACCUUGGAGAAAGGUACUGCAAUUCAGCGUAGUUCUUCUCAGUUGCAGCCUAGAGCUGUCCCUGUGAUCCCUGCAAUGCCACCAAAGAAUAGAAGCUGUUGCUGCAAAUGCAUAUGCUGGACGGUGAGCCUCAUUGUCCUCCUGCUGAUUAUCAUUGGGGCCACCAUUGGCAUUCUCUACCUGGUUUUCAAGCCAAAGCUUCCCAACUACUCCAUUGAUAGCUUAAGGAUCAGUGACCUCCGGCUCAACUUUGAUAUGACACUGUAUGCUAAAUUUGGUGUGAAGAUCACAGCCAACAAUCCAAACAAGAAAAUUGGAAUUUACUAUGAGAAAGGUGGACGGUUGAGUGUUUGGUACACAAAUACACAGCUUUGUCAAGGGUCACUGCCAAACUUCUAUCAAGGACACCAGAACAAAACUGUACUCAACGUCGCCUUGACUGGCCAAACAGAGUCCGGAAACACUCUGAUGAGAGCACUGCAGGAUCAACAACAAACAGGGCGCAUCCCCUUGGAUCUCAAGGUUGAUGCACCAGUAGCAAUCAAACUCGGAAGGUUAAAGUUGAGAAAGGUUAGGAUAUUAGGAGGAUGCAUGCUGGUGGUUGAUAGUCUAACUUCUAAUAAUCUCAUCAGCAUAAAAGCUAGUAACUGUAAAUUCAGAAUGAAGCUUUAAGUUCCAUCCUUCCAGUUUUCUGAUUCAACUGGGAAGCUAUAGAAUUUUCAUACAUCAUUAUAUUAUUUUAGGGAUACAAUAUUUUUUUCUUGAUAAGUUUUGGUAUUUGUUCUGCCAUUUCAGAUUGGAAGCUUGUUGCUUUUCCAUUUCAUACAUUAGCAGCAAUAAUUUCUCUUAUGGUUUCUAUUCCUUUCCUAGAACAGCUGGAUAGCUGAAUCUAAAUCUCAUUUUCUUCUGAUGCUGUAAACAAGAAAUACUUGAACAAUAAUUUAUUUUUCAGUUUUUUCUGUAUUA